AUGAGGUUUAUGGAGCCUUACAUCAUUGGUAAUCGCCUGGACAAAGACAUCAUUGACCUGGAGCAGACAGCCUUGAAUCUACAGCUGGCCUUGAACUUCACCGCUCAUGUGGCCUACCACAAGGGCAUCAUCCUGUUUGUGAGCAGGAACCUGCAGUUCUCUCACUUGAUUGAGAAUACAGCCCGGGACUGCAGAGCGUAUGUUUACACCCACUACUUCAAGGGUGGUUUACUGACUAAUGCACACCUCCUCUUUGGGUCCACAGUUCGCUUGCCAGACCUCAACCUCUUCCUGCACAUGCUCAACAAUGUCUUUGAACCACACGUGACUGUGAGGGAUGCUGCCAAGAUGAACAUCCCCACAGUGGGCGUUAUGGACACCAACUGCAACCCUUGCCUCAUCACUCACCCUAUCCCUGCAAAAGAUGACUCACCCCAAGCUUUACAUCUCUUCUUCAAUCUCUUCCGGACAGCCAUCAAAUGGGCCAAGGAGAAGAGGAGGCAGAUGGAGGCACUGCAUUGGCUUCAGGGUUUCCAGGGGUCUGAGGGCAGUGGGACAUCUUCUGUACCUGAUAAAAGCCAUUCCCCAUGA